AUGCAGGAUUAUUUUCUUCGUGAGAAUGUUUUCUCGGGACCGAACGUACAAACACAAUUGACGAUGGUUGGCUCGAUUUUACAAAUGGUGGUCGCCAUUUUUAUGUUGAUAGUUAAUGUCCUUCACACCUUCCUUAAUUUCAAAACCUUGCUUGUUUCUGGAAUAGUGCUGGCAUCCAGUGGUUUGAUCCUAUCUGGAUUUUGCACAAGCGUAUGGCAAUUAUAUUUCUCAUACAGUUUGUGUACAGGCAUUGGAUGCGCGAUACUAUUCUGGGCAAGUUAUCGUAUCUUGCCACAAUGGUUUGUGAAAUAUCGGAGCACGGCCUUUGGCGUCCAGACAAGUAUGUUCCCACUAGUCGGCCUGGUUCUACCAUUCGCAAUGAUCAAAAUAAACAACUCGUUGGGUCCUUCUUGGACCUUUCGGAUCAUGGGUCUCGUCUUUCUCACACUUGGAAUUUUGGCGUUCCCGCUUAUAAAAGAGAGACAGCCACCUGAGCAACAUCAAAAGAAAACCGAUAAAUCUAAAAAUCGUCUCAAACGGAUAACGGAAAUCAUUGACGUUAGCUUAUUCAAGAAUGUAAAUUUGAUGAUCUGGAUUGCUGCUGGUCCGCUCCAGGUCUACGCCACAUACAUCAUAACGACCUUUCUUCCUGCAUACGCCACCUCAAUUGGACUAUCUGAUGUACAAGGAGCAGCAGUCGUUGCAACAUUAUCGGGAACGGGGCUCAUUGGAAGAUUAGCAAAUGGGUUUCUAGCCGACAAAUUUGGAAAUUUGAAUACUUUCAUCGUGUGCAUGGUCAUUGCUUCACUGACUGUCUACCUCAACUGGAUGUUCGCACACAGUUUUGCGACGCUUGUGGUUUUUGCGGUACUGAACGGCUUAGUGUAUGGUUGUUACGUAGUAACAAAACCGGCCAUUAUUAUUGCGAUAGUAGGAAUGGAAAAGUAUCCAGCAGCUAUAGCGCUCCAGAUGCUUACCUUGGUUGUCAGUGUUUUUGGAUCGCUUGCAGCAGGUUAUAUCGAAUCAGUCAAUCAUAAUAGUAGUAGUGGAAAAGAACCCUAUUUUUACUGCAAAAUCAUAGCUGGAUCAGGAUACGUAGGAUGCUGCAUACUGGCAUUAAUACUCAAACUUAGAAUGAAGCAAUCUGUAUAA